AUCUUUCAACAGUGUUAGUGAUUUUGACCAUGAAGAGUCCAGUUAAAUGUGAUUUCAAAUACAACCUCACAUCUAGUUGCAGUGAAACAUCAAAUUUUUCCAGUUCAUCUGAUAGCUCGGAUACUCCAUUAAAAAGAUUUAAUCGUCUCGUGCGCAAGUCGGUGGCGCGCUGGGCGUACUUCCGUCGCAAGCCGCGGCCGUGGACGCGCGGCCGCUCCGUCUCCGACACUGGCCUCUGCGACAUCGUACAUCAUGGUACAUUUCAUAAUUUCGACUUAGCUGGCUUAUGUAAAAUAAACACGCCACUUAAGAUAUCAAAGGGAGUUCACAUAAAGGACGGCAAGGAACAUUGUGCAUUCGAAGUGUAUAUUAAAUUUCAAGUCAUUAGUCGCUUCAAGAGAAUAUUUCGGUCGGCGGGCGGUUCGGCGGGCGGCUCGGUGGGCGGCUCGGCGAGCGGCUCGACGAGCGCGCUCGGUCUCGAAGAGGCCAGCGACAGCGACGCCGAGCGGCCGCGAAGACACCACUUGCGUGUGCCCACACCUCAUUACCACGGACAGUCAACCGGGAACUUCGCUGGUGGCGCGGCGGGCGGCGGGGGCGGUGCCCCUCGCUCCGCGCCCGCCACGCCGCUGCAACUGGAGCCCCACCCCAGACAUUCCUCACACAAGCACGACAAGCAUGUAGUGAAGCCGCUGUCAGGUUCAGCGCCGUCGGUUCGCGUGUCGGCUCUCGGGCCGCAGGAGGAUGGCGCGGGGGGUGGUGCGGUGGGCGCGACGGGCGCGGCGGAUGGCAAACCGCCCGGCAAGGCGCGACAAAAGAAGUUCCAGCGACACUUUCCGCAAGUGGGGCCCGACGAGCGCGUGCUCAACUAUUACUCAUGCGCUCUAGUCGGUGACCUCUUACUUCAAGGUCAUCUCUACAUCACCAAGAACUACUUCGCCUUCUACUCAAACGUGUUCGGAUAUGUCACCAAGUUGCUGAUCCCGACGACGUCGGUGUUGCGCAUCACGAAGGAGAAGGUGGCGCGCAUCAUCCCCAACGCGGUGGGCGUGUGCACGCGCGACGAGCGGCACGUGUUCGGCUCUCUGCUGUCGCGCGACUCCACCUACAAGCUCAUGAUGCACGUGUGGAAGGCGGCGCGUCUGCCCGAGCUCGCAGUGCCACCGCCGCAGGAGUUAAGAUCUUCGGAAGUAGAGCUGGAAGCUUCGGAGUACUCGCCCGAGGACGACAGCAGUUCGGCGGGUGCGGACCACACGGACGCGCCCACCAGAGACCCCACGGACCCCCUUAUAGCUGCAGGCGGAGUGGGCGGGGCGGUGGGCGGGGCGGUGAUCCAGCCGGCGCUGCUGACGGGGGGCGCGUGCGCAAGUGGGGGGUCGCGGGGCUGGCAGACGGUACUGGCGCUGCUGGCCGCGCUGCUGGCACUCUCCGCGGCAUACCUCGCGUACAGACUGGCACAUGCAGAGGAGCCUGCGCGGGUGAUGUCAGGAGGCGAGGUGUACGCGGCGCUGGUGUCGUGGCGCUCGCGGCUGCACGGCCGAGCUGCAGACGAGCUGCACUCCUUCCUCUCCACCAACCUGCUGCUGCUCACCAAGGUGCGACAGUCUCUAGAGACUCUGUCGGGGGUGAUUCUGACAGACAUGGGGCAUGACGUGCCCAACGACACUGCCUUCAGUUAGCGCACGCCCCGCUCCCGGCCCCGCCUUC